UAAUCUCUGCUUUCCUCUUCGUUUUGGUAAAAACCAUUCUUUUCCUACUCAAAAUUUCAAUCCCAAUUUCGAAACCCUCGCCCCCAAAUCCCUAUCUUCUCUCUUGCUCUCCAAAGCUCCCACCUUUCUGGGUUUCACUGUGCCGAUGAGCGAGGGCUUCUUCGUCCCUCAUCAAAGUUUUGGCUGAAACAAUGAGAGGGAGAAACUCAUCAAGAGUCUUUCCUGGACUCGGAAGAUGUUCUAGGAAAGAGCAUGUAGAAAGCUGCAAGGCUAAUAAGGGUAAGAGUGUUAGCAAAGUUGAGAUCAUCGAUCUAGAUGACGACGACGAUGUCAUUGACAUCAAUGAUACACGGGGUUCCAGUACUUCGAGACAAAACAGAGAAUUCAGUACUAUCAUUGAUGUAGAUGAUGACGAUGAUGCGAGUUAUGACACCGAUUCUGUAGUUUCUGUUGAAGAUGUCGGGGACCUGGACAGUGAUGCCACCUCAAGCAAAAGUAGGUUUUCUCCUGCUCACUAUAGGAGGAAUUUCGUACGCUCAAAUAGAGAUGAAUGUCAAGUUGUCCAGCAAAAGAGUUCUCCCUCCAAGGGUUCAAAAGGAAAGCAAACCUAUUCUAGUAAAGCUCCACGUAGAUAUGGUUAUGGCCUAUAUUCUGAGUCCUGUUCCUCUGAUACUGAUUAUUCUGAUUGUGAGUUGAUAGAACCUUCAGUGCUCCAUGAAAAUUGGAAAAAAGCUUCACAAAAGGGUAAACAUGUUUUUCGUAAUUGCCAGUCGGAUCCAGAGGAACAAACGGGUAAAUCUGGUUUUCACGGUGAUACUGUUGAUGGGGAGAUUAGGGCAGAACCGCCUGCAGAGGCUCCUGUUUGUUCUAGUUCAGACCAUGUAAACUGUGAAAAAGAAAGCCCUCCAGACUUGGGAACUUGUGAUCAACACUUUAAUAGUAGUUCUUUUGAGGCCAAAAUGAAGACUUCUUCUGUGGAGUCCAAUCAGGAUGUUGCUGUGGAUAGUUCUCCAUUUGAUAAACCUGGGUCAGUUAAAGUAACAGAAAGCCUACGUAAGAAUGAUGAUUUUCAGCAUGUAGGAGGCACAGUCCAAGAAGAUCCUCUUAGUUUCAAUUCAGAAGCUUCUCAUAAGGAAGACAUCUAUGGGUUUUGGAAUGAAGUAGAGCAAAGUCCUGAAGAAUUCUCAUUGAGGUCCACGGAAGAACUAGCUGCUGGUAAACAAUCUAAAGAAUAUAUGCAUAAUGAACAAAAGCUCAGGGAUGAAACUUGUUUCUCUGAUUCCGUGCCAAAGUCUAGCAAUUUUCGAAGAAGCCCUGGGGUAUUGAAUGAAGAGUUUGCCUGCAAGAAUCAACGUUCUGGUGAAGUUCUUAAUGACCACAACAGAGUUGAAUUAGGAGGCAAGGACAAUGGAUUACAGAAUGUGUCUAGAUUUGGAGUAAAGGUGAAAUCAAUUCCAGGACAGCCACUCUUUGAAACACAUGUGGACUGUGGGAUUUCUGAAGACCACCUUGGAGCUGUUCCUACAGAAAGUAGUUUGCACGUAGAUAAGUCCGAAAUCAGUAAUAAAAAAGAUGUGUCACAGGAGAAAUUGGUGGCAGAUUCUGAGGAAGUAUCUUUUUGCAACACGUCAUCCAACAGAAGUAGGAACAUGCAAGGACCUUUAUCUGCAAGUUGGAAUGAUUCAUCUGUAGCGAGGGGCCAGUUACAUGCUCAAGAUAGUAAUGUUACUCCUGUUCAGAACAAUAUUAUCACUGAUCGUGAAAAGCUCAAGGAAACUGAUGAAUACAAACGAGCAAUGGAAGAAGAAAUGGAAUCCAGGCGGGCAGUCUUACGAGUUCAGGCAGAAGAGGUACAGAGAUUGCGCAAAAGGAAAAGAGCUGAAAGCUUGCGGUUAUUGGACAUGCAGAGAAGGCAAAAGCAACGUGUGGAGGAAGUAAGAGAGACUCAAAAGAAGGAUGAAGAAAAUCUGAACAUGAAAGACAAAUAUCGUGCUGAAGUAAGGAUGGAACUUAACAGACUGUCCUCUUGCAAUAGUAUGGCUUCUUUGCUUCACGGCUUGGGAUUACAAGUAGGGUCAUCAGGUGUCCGUCCUUUGCCACAGGAGGUGCAUGCUGCUUAUAAACGGGCAUUAUUGAAAUUUCACCCUGAUCGGGCAUCAAGAACUGACAUCCGCCAGAUGGUUGAAGCUGAGGAAAAAUUUAAGCUCAUAUCUCGCAUGAAGGAGAGACUUAUAACAACUACGUGGUACUGAACACAAAGUUAUGACCUUUCAACUCACUAUUCCCUAACUGCAGGAGAUAAAAAGGUUUGUUUUUUUUGGUUGUGAUGCAUCUGUGACAAGUCGUUAGUGUUAUCACUUGGCAUUUUUGAUCCCGACUUGAUGAUUAUCUAUUGUGAUAUAGUUGUAUUUAGCCACAGGAAAUCAUUGAUUCAAAUUUGAGAAUGUAAUAUCGAUUCUUUGGUUUAGUGUAAUUCCAGCUGCCAUAGUAAAAACUUGUACUGAAUUCUGUUGCACUGUUGCACACUGAACUUACAUGUUUCGUAGGACUUCGACUUUCGGUUUUUCCAAUACGAUCCUCUUACAUG